ACUAAAAUAUUUUCAGUCGUGUAUUUUUUUCUUUUUUGAGGGGAAAAGUUGUGUAUAUAUAUUUUAAAAGUGUGAAAAUGUACCUUUCUAACAGAAAACAUAUUUUUUAAUUCAUUUUUUUAACCUCUUAACUUGUCUUUCUAGCAUGACCCUUGUAAAAAGUACAUGUGUUUAAUUUAUUGCCUUUUUCAGCUAUGGAAGCAUCCUUGAUCAAACUUGUCUGUCGGAUCAAUAUCAAUAAUUAAUGUCAGCACGUUUACCACGCUACAAGUCAAAGGUCCUAAGAUAAGAUUGGUGUUUUAUUUUUGUGAACCAAAAAAAAUCUGAAAGCAGCUGUGAGUUGUGAUGGCAACAAUGGGUGGUGAGACCUUGAAGGCCCAUCUGGGUAUGGUAGUUGUACAGCUUUUCAAUGGUGGAUACUAUGUUAUUACUAAAGUAGCCCUCAAUUCUGGAGUCAAUCAAUUAGUCUUCUGCUUCUAUAGAGAUCUCAUUGCCCUUCUCAUUCUUUCUCCCAUUGCUUUUUUCAAAGAAAGACAGACAAGGCCACCCAUUACUAAGCAGCUAUUCAUGUCAUUCUUCUUUCUUGGAUUAAUUGGGAUAUUUGGCAGCCAGGUGUUGUUUCUUUAUGGUUUAGGUUAUACAAAUCCAACUUAUGCCUCUGCCUUACAGCCUUCUAUUCCUGUCUUUACCUUUCUACUUGCUGUCAUCAUGGGUGUAGAAAGAGUGAAUCUGCAGAGUUUUGAAGGUCUGACAAAGGUUGGAGGGACUGUUAUAUGUGUUUCUGGUGCCAUAUUUAUGGCUUUGUACCGCGGUCCAUCGUUGAUAGGAUAUAACGAACCAGUGAUCAUACCACAUAAUGAAAUAAUUGUCAGUGGUCAGCCAGAGCCUUUUGGUUUUGGAUGGUUGAUUACUGGUUUACUGAAUCUUGGAUCAGAAAAUUUCGAACUUGGAGUUAUGUUCUUGAUAGGUAACUGCACGUGCUUGGCUGCUUUCCUAGCCAUUCAGGCGCCGGUACUAAAAAAGUAUCCUGCAUAUUUAUCUGUGACAGCAUUUUCAUUCUUCUUUGGCGUUGUACUAAUGGCGAUAGUCUCCUUAUUCACGACUAAUUUGUCAUCUGACUGGAUUUUGACACAAUCAGAAAUACUUGCGGUUGUUUAUGCUGGAAGUAUUACAUCUGCCUUUAAUUAUGCAGUCAUGAGUUGGAGCAACAAGAUAUUAGGGCCAACUCUGGUUGCCCUUUACAUUCCACUUCAACCUGGAUUUGCUGCCAUAUUGUCUCAGAUAUUCCUUGGAAGUCCAAUUUACUUGGGAAGUAUAAUAGGGGGGUCUUUGAUCAUUGUUGGACUUUAUACUGUUACCUGGGCAUCUUUUAAACAAAGACAGGCAACUGUUGGAACUACUUCUCACGACUCUUGGAUCUCUGAACCACUUAUUAUUCAUGAAAAAAGUUCACACCAUAGAGGUAAUAUAUUUUCGGGGCAUGAAUCAUAGAAUGUCGAUAAAGGACGGCCUAGUGUACGAGCCUUCAGCCAAGCGAGUGGAGUCAGGGAAAAGUAAAUGUGCACGGUCUUAUCUCUACAAGCAGAGAGGUUGUUUUUAUAAUUUGAAUGUGUGACUUCUAGAUCACAAGACACCAACCUUAUAAUUGUGCAAAGACUCGCCCGCUAAAUCUUAAUGUAAAUCCUUGUAAAAGAUUGGUUCUGUGAGUGUGAUUCUUUAACCGGUAAAUCUGUGUUGAAUGUUGUUUUCAAACAAACUGUCCAUGUUAAUAGUUAAGUGCAGUUUAUUUUUUUGAGGUUGUUGAAUGCAAUGUUACAAUCUACAUAGUGGAACCAAGUUGCAUCCUCGUCAUAA